CUCCGCUUUAAAGCACAGCCUCUCGCGAUCUCGUUUCCUCGCUCACAUACACCGCUAGUCCUACCCAAAGAACUACAUAUCCCAGAAUGCACCAUGCUCCUCCGCGAAAGAGCUCUGUUCUCGGCCAACAGUUCACAGCCUACAAUUCCCAGGAUGCGAGGCGACCCCCUUCCCACAGCUAUGAAAGAUGGGGAGUCCCUGGGGUUUUAGGCCCGGAGAGUCCACGCGCAGCUCACCUCGGAGCUCCGGGAGCCCUUCAACACCUGCUUGUUUGCCAGGAAAGCCGCUGUCUCAAGAGUAUCAAGGAGCGGAGGCUUCCCAGACCUCAACUCCUCGACUCCCGGCGCUGGAACCCGCCUCAAACAAGAAGACCAGACAAUGGCGAAGGACGCCCACCUGCCAUCCUCCUAUCUCACCCUCCCCCCCGCCUGGCUGCAAGCAGCCUCUCAUGGCCAAACGCAGGCUGGUGGGAAAAUGCCAAACUGCACAAGCUACAUGCGCCCCCUCCCCUCCCCAAAACCCCAGAUAAAAAUCCCUGCCCAUUCCUCAUUGGGGAGCCAGCAAUUUUUGAGGCACGAGCCCUUGCUUUGCUCCCUGUGCCUGGCAUAGUAAAAACCUUUCCUCUUCCACUCAAGACUCUGUUCUCGUUAUUUGGAUUGGCAUCGGGUUCAGAGACCGAACUUUCGGUUACAAAUUUGGCGACCCAGAUGGGACCUGUGGGUGGCCUCCACUGAGACCCCCUUGGCUUGAUAGGAUGCUCCAGAGUCGUAUUCUGUGCCUGCCCCAAUAGGGGAAGUGGAGGGUUGGAGGAAGACUCAGGGAGGCCAGAUCGCCGAGGGCCGGUGCUUAGG